ACAAUUGCCAUCUGUAUAUAUAAAGGCAAUAUAGCCAGUGAUCAUCUCGUCUGUGAAGCUUGUUACAGUUCACCGGCCGGCAUACUUCGCCUGAGAAAAUGGACGAGUCCUGGAGAAUGAAAAUGGGAAUGCCUUUCACCACCACAACAACAACAAAAACCAGUCUUCCCAGCCGGCAUUCCAUGGAAGCCACAACUCGUCGCCGGCGGGAAAUCUCCGGCAACUCUGAAUUGGCCCCCGAAGAUUUCAGUGACGUAUUCGGAGGACCUCCUCGCAGUGUACUUCAACGGCAGUUCUCCGCCUGCGAUGAUUAUACCAGGCCCUCAAAUUUAUCCUACGAUGAGAUGUUUCGACCGCAGGCGAGUAUGGCUCCGGCGAGGUGUUACCAAAACUUGCCGGAAUUCAGGAUUCCGGUAGAAAAAGGUGGCCGGAGAAUUGAUCACGGGUUUUAUGGCGAUAUAUUUGGAUGCAACGAAGAAGAAGAAAUGAUGAGAAGGUCGAGGACGAGGUCAGGUUCUAAGUCCAAGGCGAGCUCUUCGUCGGCGUUGAGCUCAGAGGACGUUAGCCCCCUCCGGCCGGCUAUCGGUGGCGAAUGUUAUGACGACAUUUCGUUCUUCGCUACAAAACUCAGACCAAUAAAUGUACCAACUGGAUGGAACUCAACUAGAAGGAUGUAUGAAGAAUACCAAGGGCUGCAGGGAACGCCAGUAUUUUCAUGCCAUCCACCUUACAAUAACACCAAAAACGAGCACAGUGAGGAUUUCAGAAGCAAUAAUCUUGCAUUCAACCGAAGAAAUUCAUCUCCCGAAUCAUUUAGUAUGAAUCCCAUUUCUUCUAGCAACCACAAGGUGUCUACAAAUGCUUUCGAGCUCAACUCGCCUUCCUCUAUUGUCUCCUCCUCACUUUGUAAAGAGCAUGAUGACAGCAUAGCCUGCAGAGAUCAACAUAAUAUGUCUCAACUAGAAACGUCGGAGCAAGAUGAAGAUGAAAUCAUGAGCUCUUAUGUUAUUGAAGUCAACCCCGAUUAUGGAGAAGGAUCAGCGGAGGAAGAAAAUGCGGUCCAUGAAGCUAUUGCUUGGGCUAAAGAGAAGUUCCAAGGACACUGUUCAGAGAAUAAUUUGAGGUUUGAAGAGGAAAAACAGCAGUCAGGAGAGAUAGAAGAAGUGUCCACUUUACAUCAGUUUCUGGAGGAACAAAGAGAUGGACAUGAAUUGACCAAAAUAACUACGGAUGAGGAACCGGAUAAAUGGGCAACUGGAGAAGAAAGACUGCAACUUCAGAAUGAUAUGGAAUUGGAGUUACUGGAUGAAAAGGUAACGCUAUGGUCGACUGGCAAGGAAGCUGACAUCUGAUUGCUCCUUUCAACACUACAUCAUAUUGUAUGGCCUAAAAGUGGGUGGCUUCCAAUUCCAUUAACAAACUUAAUAGACAGUGCACAUGUGAAGAAGACUUAUCAGAAAGCAAGACUCUGUUUGUAUCCGGACAAAUUGCAACAAAGAAAAGCAACCCUUGUGCAAAAAUAUGUUGCACAGAAGGCAUUUUCCAUACUUCAGGAUACUUGGGCAGCAUUCCUUUCUGCAGAUAUCUUCUUCCGUCACUGAGAAACAGUUUUAUUAUCUAUGCCCUUUACCCGCAUGUGAGAAAAAAGAAACAAGGAAGUUUGUACUUCAGAUUGCUUAAAUGCUACUGAUGAAAAAUGAUCAACGGAUGCCAAGUUGUUCGCAUAGCACUUGUGUUGUAUAGGGUGUGUUGAAGGGGAUGUCUUAUUAGAAUUUUCUCUCUUUAACAAUAUAGUUGUGUGUGUGUAUGUGUGAACCAAUAGCUUUUGGGUUAAGAUUAACAUAUAGGUUGAAAAAUCA